AUGCCGCCGACCUGGCGGGAGGAAGAGAACCAAAAACGCGGGUUCGAUCCACGCCUUGCUCAGUGGCGCGAACGGUACAUGCAGCUGAGCCCGCAGCAGCAACAGCAAAUCCGACAGCAGCUCAUCCAAAGGAGGAAGCAGCUGCGCCUGCGCGAGAUGUACAAACAGUGGAAGCUCCAACAACUGCAGCAGCUCAAGGAGAAGACUCUUCAAGCUCAACAGUUCCAGCAACACCAUCAGCAUAUGCAGAUGCAACGCCAACAACAGCAGGCACAGCAACACCAGCACCACCAGUACGGCGCACAGGGCAACCAAACGAUCGAGCAGCACCAUCAGCACCACCAGCCGACGCAACAGGCGACCUUCUCCUCGUGCGUACCGGCGAUCGAGGAGAUGCAGCGAUCGGCCGUCGACGGCUCAUCGACCUCCUCGCCCAAGCUGCGCCGGCUCAGUUCGUUCCGCCGCGGGCGCAUCACGCCGAUCAAGAAGAAGAGCUUCAAGCCCGGCAGCGGGGGAGGCCUCUCGUCGUCGGCGUCGGCCUGCACCACCGUCUCCCAGUCGCCGGCCGCAUUGGGGGGUAGAAGGACCUCCUUCAGCGCGCCGUCGAACUCGCUCACGGCGCCGUCGGCCGCCGAUGCCUGCGUGGGAGGCACCACCGAGCCUUUGGCUGACCACGGCGCGACGAUGAUCCGCCGGGCGCGCUCGUUCUCUGACCCCUCGUCGACCUGGCCGGCCCAGCAGCACCAGCUUCAACAGCUCCAGCAGAUUCGGCAUCAACAGCAGCAGCAGCAACAACAUCAGAUGAUGCAGCAGAACCACCAUCAACACCAGCAGAUGCAGCGGCAGAUGCUGCAGCAACAGCAACAGCAACAGCAACAGAUGAUGUUCCAGCAGCACCAGCAGCAACGCCAACAUCAACAGUUACACUCUCUUCCCAUUCAGCCAUCGCAGCAGCCGCAGCACCACCACCAGCUCUCGCCUCGACCGAUUCCCCACCACCACCAGCACUUCGCAGCGCCCUUUGCUCAACAGCAGCAACAGCAGCAACAGCAGCAACAGCAGCAACAGCAGCAACCCCGAAUGCCGGCCCAGAUGCUGCUGCAGCCCCUACAACCCCACCAACUGCAGCACCAGCACCAGCACCAGCAACAGCAACAACAGCAGCCCAUCCACACGCUGCCCUCGCCGUCGAUGUCCUACUCGGAGCCGGUGAUCCCGUCCUUCAGCCAGCGGCAGGAGUCGAUGGACCUCGAGACCGUGGCUCCGUCGCUCUCCUUCUCCACGCUCUCGCCGCCACCGGCGGCUUCGUCGCCUGCCUCGCCUGCGCCCGCCGCCAACGGCGCCCUCUCCUUGCCGCCGCCGCAGCAGUCCUUCCAAUCGCUCUCGGCGCUGCUGGGCGGUCCGCAGGACCUGGACCAGGACCAGUCGCCGGCGCCGCCCAUCGACGCCCUCCAUCAGCUGAACCUGGGCGAGAUCGACCCCAGCGACGCGCUCGCCCUGGAGAUGGCCGACGACCAGCAGUUCCUGCGCGAGCUCAUGGAGAUGCAACAGCAGCACCACAACGACCACCUC